UGGCUCGGGCGCUCCCGACGGUGGCCGAGAGGGAUACGGGGCGCAGGGAUGGCGGCUGUGGGGCGGCUGUGCGCCUCGGUGGCCUGGAGGGCGGCGUGGAGAGGCUACAUCUCACUACCAAUCAACAGGAGUGGAUAUACAAACUUAGCGUGGGCACUGCAGACACAUUGUUACGUUUCUGCUCCAUGCAGUGUGACUGUACAGCAAAGCAGGCAAAACAGUUUCUUCAACAAAUUGACGGCUGAUGAACUGUGGAAAGGAGUUCUGGCAAACACUGCUUUGAGACCAAAGAAAGGAAGAGGAAAGCGGACAAAGAAAAGAAUAAGGAAGGAUCUCAAUAAAGGGCAGGUUCUUGGUGAAGGGCUUUCCGGAAUUCUUUGGCCUGGUCUCAAUUCUCCUGUGAUGGUAGAAGGACGAAUGCAGGCAAUUUCCCAAAGCAACAGAGAGCAAAAGGAGAUUCAAACUGAAAUUUUUCGUCGGAGGGUUGAAUGGGAAAAAAGAAGAAAAGUAAAGGUGAAGAAAGGGAGAGGAUGGACUGGACGAUCCUGGGGGGGCAUAAGUCUAGGACCUCCUGACCCUGGUCCUAAUGGAGAAAAAUAUGAAGACUUUGACUGUCAAGUACUUGAGCUGAAACAUGUAGCUAGUAUGACAGGAAGAGAUGGGCGGAAAAGAACUGUGAGUGCCCUUGUGGUUGCUGGAAAUGGAAAUGGGGCUGCAGGUUUUGCAGUGGGGAAAGCAAAAGACAGGAUGACUGCUUUAAGAAAGGCAAAGAACCAGGCAGUUAACUAUUUACACUAUAUAGAACGAUACCAGAACCAUACAAUUUAUCAUGACAUUACGACAACUUUUAAAAAAACAACCAUCCAGCUGAGAAGACGACGCAAAGGGCAUGGUCUACGUUGUCACCGGGCUAUUAUCAGUAUCUGCAAACUCAUCGGGAUUACAGACUUGUAUGCCAAACUAUGUGGAUCCCAUAAUAUACUUAACCUCACCAAAGCACUCUUUAAGGGAUUGGCAAACCAGAAAACCCACCAGGACUUGGCAAAUGAGAAGAGCCUCCACGUGGUGGAAUUCCGUGAGGAGCAAGGCCCGUUGCCUCUCCUUGUGGCUUCCCCUCAGGGGACAGUCAGAGAGGAUCCCGAGAUAACAGAGAAUGUUCCAGAUGUCAAGCUGGAGUGGAAUGAAGUAAGGGUGGCACACGGAUUGAGACGUUCUUCCUGGUCCAAUGUCAAGAGAAUGGGGUGGUGAAAACCUGGACUGUGCUAUGGCCUGUGUGCAGGGCUGCUGCUGCACAGAGGCAGAGAAAGUCCAUCCCAGAGCAAAGAUUUACCUACAUUUGCACCCCAGAUGAAGCCUGUGGGGAAAGACUCCAGCAGUGCCCUUUAAACAGUUGUAUGUUAGUGACAGCUCAUGUUGCUGCUGCUGUGACUCCAGUACUCAGCAACAGAGUUUAUUUUUCCACUAUCAGCUGUCCUGAAUGUAGAUGGCUGAUGUACAGCAGCACUGAUUCCAUACAUGCAGUUACCUGGUCCCAGACCUAAAGAUGUUCUGUAAUCAGCAGAUCCAAUUUUUUUCCUUCCAGGUAUGUUGGAAACUAUUAAAAACCUCAUUGGAAAAAAACAGUUAAGAAUUCUCAUCACCUAAUAAAUUGCUUUUUCAAAGUUG